UUCCCUUCCAGGAAGUAUCCAUUUCAGCUUGAUGCAGUUUGUUUACCUCCCCGUCUCCAAGGUUACCGAGCUGUACACACAGACACAGAAUUCACGCCUGAAGACAACCUGAUAUUAGUAACUGCAACACAGUGUGUGUAAAGAUGGUGUCAGGUGAGGGGAAGUCGGACAUGGAGCGUCUGGGUGUGUUUAAAGAGAUGAGCUACAUCACAGUGGGAGAGAAAUAUUCUCCUCAAACAAACCGUCCGUUUAAUGAGUCCGCCUAUCUGAGCAGACAGAUGCAGGUGGGAAUCGCCAAACAGCGAUGCGCCCUGCAGAGCGGCUUCUUCGAGAAGUCCUUUAAUCGAAUAUUCGAACGCGAGGCCCUGAGCGACCCGCUGAGACAGGCCCGACAGAACCGCAUCCAGCAGGCCAAGAAGAACCUGGGAAAGGCCUUCCUGCCCUGCAACAGCAUCAAGAAGCCCUGUGGUUCAGGGAGUUACUACGGGACUCUGUGUGGACCGGUUGAAGCCAUGAGUCCACUGACUGUAGCUCGGAAAGCCCGUCCUUCACCUGGACGCAAUAUCCUCACCUCACCUCCUAAAAAAGGCAGUGGUUACAGCUAUCCCAACGUGACACUGUCAAAGAUUGAGCUGUAUGCCUCAGACCCCUACAGCAGAGUCAAAGAAGUUCAAAAGAGGGAGGCAGCCAUCCAUCGCUCUAAGUUAAGAGAUGGUCCCUUCAAGCUCAACCUUCACCCCAAAGAAUACUUCCAACGCAACCCGUAUCGCAGUGACAAACCCCUCCCACCGGCCCACAAGCCCCUCCCACCUGCAAAGAAAGACUCUCCCGUUCCCUUCAAGCCCCCCUCCCCAAGCAAAAAGAUUGGAGGAAUGAAGGCGGGGACGUUUGACUCUUAUCCCUCACAUUCUGCUGAUUCAUACGUUAUCCGCCGCUCGAAACCUACCAAUCAGGAGCCAGUCUUCCGUCCUGCUCCUGGUCCUAAGAGCACACCUGUUAAGAGUAUCAUCGCCGUCAAUGUGAACAGAAGUGUGCACUCAGUAAGCUACACUUCAACCAUUCCAACUUUGAUGACCUUUUGACCACAUGAUCCAUCGGGCCGUCACACUGCUGUUUUCUGCUGUUUAAUACGUGAGCAAUAUCACACAAGAGGAAGUAAUGUACUGAAUAUCACAUGAAAAAAUAAUCACAGCAGUGUUGAUAUUCAGAAAAAGCAUCUCAACCUUGAUUGUGAUAUUAUUUAUUAUUAUAUAUACUGUAGGCCAGGGGUGCCCAACCUUUUUUGAACCAAGAUCUACUUUU